UGGCGUUCGGCAGUACGCGAUCUGACGUGGUGAGGGGAGGUUGCGCGCUCCGUACCGCUAACUGUUACGAAAAUAGUACUACGCUUUUUGUGACUGUGGUGAAUCGUGUUUUUCAGUGAUUUAAGUGUUGACUUUUGAUGCGGAUUUUUAUUAAAGAUAUAGUGGCGCAGUGUUAGUGAGGCAUGUGAGGUGGAUAAAGUAAAUAUGGUGGCAAGAUGAAGUUGUGGAAAAGCCUUAAAAUUUCCAUAGGCAAGACUGACUCGAAAGGGUACCCUCACGAACUACCACAGUGGGGCGGCCAGGGUUAUGAGUUGGAUGUGUUCAAAUCGCAGACGUCACUAUCAACUGACUCCGGGCUAUGCACUGAACGAGGCCUGCGUAGAACACACAUAGAACUAAUCAAGCCUCCAGGAAAGCGGAUCGGGCUUAAACUGGCAGGUCGUUCGGAACCAGGUGUAAUACCUUCGAUUAUUGGAUUUACCAAGGACUCGGUAGCCCAUGAAUCCGACCGGCUGGCUCCGGGAGAUAGAAUCUGCAGCGUCAAUGGCAUCUCCACUGCUAGACUUACUAAUGAAGAAGUUCUACGAUUAUUGGACAAUGUUGAAGAGAGGGCAUCUUUGGAAGUUGAAUACUAUAUGCCUAACUAUGCAUCACAAAAUUCCCUCUACAUCACAACGAAGCUAGCAGAAGUUCCAGUUGAGAAAAUUGGAGGAUCACUAGGAGUGACAAUACGUGGUGGUCUUCCGGAAAACGCGGCUCCAACUGCUGAUCUGGUGUUGAACAGCAGAUCUCUGGAUGCACAACCAUUGGUCAUCACCCACGUCAGACCUGGCGGGGCAGCGUACAAUACAUCCAGGAUAAAACCUGGUGAUCGGCUGUUGAAAGUUGAUCAUAUAUCCCUAACAAACAAAACACUAUCAGAGGUCCAUCAAAUACUCCAGAAUUGCCCGCAAGUGACGAGCCUAACUAUCGAGUAUGAUGUAUCUAUCAUGGAAUCUGUUAAAUUGGCGAGUGGGCCCUUACUUAUCGAGAUUGAAAGGCCGUGUAACGAGGAUUUGGGGCUUUUCUUGAGUAAUCAGCGGUAUUCUGACGAUGUAUAUAGUUCUGGAUCUGAUACGUACCAAAGGGUUGGGGCGUGUAACGCAAUUUACAUUGACAGUAUAUUACCUGCAAGUAUUAGUGACAGAUGUGGUGCCCUCCACCCAGGUGACCAGCUGUUAGCAUUUGACGACCACGUUAUUGAUGGCAACACCUACACAGCGGAAGAAGUCAUGUGUUACUUAGAGAACUGUGAACCUGGUUUUACCAGACUUCAUAUAGCGCCGCGACAUAUUCUGGCACAUGGUGGAAGGUUUCCUAGAGAAAAUUCAAUAUCCGGUACGCUGAAUCCUAAGAAACAACGGCAGAGAUAUAGGCAAAGUUCCAUGCCUAAACUGGGUGGUCAGGAUGAUUUUGACAACCAGCAAAACUACAUGAGUAUGGGCGUGUGUAGAACGGAAUCUCUGAACAUACAAUUGGAAGUGCCCCCGGGGCACAGCAGCGGACUACUAGUACACGAAGAUAAUGCUACGUUGGUAAUAUCACAUGUUGCGCCACAAUCACCGGCCUACAGAUCGGGAUGUCUUCAAGUCCGAGAUCGAGUGAUGUCAAUAAACGGUCACGAGAAUCUAACUCUUGAUGUGGCAAACGAAAUCCUCCAGCGAAGAAAUGAUUCGCAUAACCCAAAAUAUCUGACCUUGAACGUGGAAUUCAGUAUGCCCAAUACUAUUGAGGCGUCUAGUGGGGUCUUUACUGUAAAGCUUGCGAAGACCACGGCAGGUCUUGGAGUUACGAUCACAGGUUGCAAACAGAAGCUAUUAAGUAAUGAGGAACCAAUGGUGAUAUCAGAUAUCAAACCAGGUUCGGUGGCCCAUCGAAGUGGCGCGUUGGCUCCGGGGGAUCAUCUUCUUGCUAUAAAUGGACAGCCUUUACAUAAUUUGUCACUGGACACAGCCUUCAACAUCCUUCAAAACUCACCAGAAGAUAUAAUAACAUUAAAAAUCCGCAAACGCGAUUUGACCGACGACUGGGCGAACAUACACAAGCAAAAUGCAAAGCUCACUUUGCAAAGCUUUAGUAGUGUGGAAACAAAAGCUGUGAUACAUAGUGAAGAGGACUCUGGGCAUACUGACAGCCCUAAUAAUAGCGGGAAGGACAGGCAUGACGCGGUUUUUAUGGUGGAAAUCAUAAGACCAGACAGUGGGCCGCUGGGAUUAACAAUAGCUGGAAGCGAGGAUGUGACGCAGCCUAUACUAUUGAGUGGACUCAUUGAAGGUGGCCUGGCUGAAAAGUGCGGUAAACUGGCCAUUGGAGAUGAGCUGCUCAGCAUAAACGGCGAGAGUGUCCUAAACAAACCUUUGUCGGAAGCGAUCAAGUUGUUACAACAAAGUGGGCAAAGAAUUCAGCUGCAAAUGUGUAGGAAAGUCACUGGUCAUUUGGACUGCGGUGAGUCGAGUGCAAGGGAUUCUAGCCAUUCCACUUCUAGUCCAGGCCUCUCAAACGACAGUGCUGUUGAGUCCUGGGACCAGAACACUCCCGUCAGGACGAGUGGUAACUGUGGCAAUUCCGAAGUAAUAGAAUACGCCGUACCAGACAAGUCCCGAAUAAUAGAUAAACAGCCGUACUCACCGACAGACGAAGAUAAACUUAUGGCCUCGAACUUCAAUUCGUUCAUUCAAGACCUGCCCUUGCCGAAUUAUUCACUCAAUAAUUCACUCAAGACGUUCCACUACGAGAAUACGUGCAUUAUUCCCGAGACUUUGAAGAAAACGAAUACAAGAGAGGACGAUGUUCAGCAAAUUGAAAUUUUAACUUCGAAUAUGAAGGAUUGCCAACUUCACAACAUGGAGAGGUCGUCAUGCAAAUGUGACUAUGUUCAGAUGGGUCCUUAUAGUAUAGUCUCCCCGAACAGGCGUAACUGGGAUAACGACUUUAACGGUAUAUAUACUGUGACUACGCCGCAGAAGUCGCCGUUGAAACCUAUGGCGGGAUCCAGCUUUCAAUUUUCGAAUAGUCCUAUUUAUGAGAACGAUGUUCCAGGUCUCUACAGCAGCGAUACGUUAUCACCAGCUCGGGGUUCUGUUCAUCACGUUAUACUAUAUAAGGAUGCUAUAUACGAUGACUAUGGGUUCUCCGUAUCUGAUGGUCUAUAUGAAAGGGGGGUCUACAUCAAUAGGAUACGUAAAGGCGGACCAGCAGAUAUCGUUGGUCUGUUACGUCCGUAUGACAGGAUUUUACAGGUGAAUGGUACACGUACGGUGGAUUAUGACUGCUGCUUGACCGUGCCUUUGAUUGCCUCUGCGGGUGACCGAUUAGAAAUUGUCGUGCAACGGCUAGCAACUUCACGGGAUUUAAGAAACAUUCGCCUAGAUGACAGUUCGAGCCCCAGUGAAAGUCCCAGCAGCAUUGUGACUAAGACUAUUUAGUGCAUAACCCGUUUCUAGUGCAGGAACACUAAAAUCUAAGGAAUAGUUUGUAUAAUGGUUGCCAUGGCAACAUGAACGGCAGUCAGUGCUUGUUUGCCGUUCGGAGAGUGAAAUCAUUUUCAGCUGUGAAAAUAUAACUUUACAAAAAGUUUUGGGUGUCUAAUUGUUGGAAAAUUGUCAUAAAAAGCCUCACUGGCGUAUUCCAAUAGUGAUUUAAUUCAAAUCCCGCUUAAAUCUUUCUUAAUGUCUUUGGUUAGAUUAAGAAUGUUGUAGGUAUUACAAGAUUGACAAAAAAUACGAACAUUAUUGGAAUGUAUAAAUAAAAGUAAAAUUACGUCUAAAUCUUCUUAUGACAUAUUAAUGUUCUAUAGAUAUGAACAAUAAUUGUAUAAAUAAUUAAGCGCUCAAAUAUAGCUGUGUAUAUUGUGCAGUAUUGAGCUUAUGUGGUGGUUAUAGUAUAUAAGAUUAAUGUAUAGAAUUAAAUAUUAAUAUUGUAUUAGAAAAUUGCAAAAUGUCUUAAAUCUGUUGGAUAACAAUUACACUCCUGAAAUCUUUAAAUUAUGUUUAAAUAUACAUAUUAAACAUAAUUUAAAGAUUAU